AGACAGCGACGAUCAGUACGGCAGUGAUCGUUUACCGCGUUGUAUCGUAAAACGCUGAUUGCAUUCCACAUACCUACCUUUUGUACUGUCCUUUAUGUUGCCUCACGCAAUCUGUACUGCAGCAGCCGAUAGACAGAAUGACGUCAAAACAGCGGUUGACUGCUGCGACAGCAGCGGUAGCGGUGGUGGCGAUGAUCGCGAUGGGACUAAUUGAUCAAGGGGUCGUCGCAUUGGACUGCCAUUUCUGUGUCGGAGUUGACAAUUGUAACGUGACCGGGGAGGAGAUUGAACCGGUGACCUGCACGGAGAAGAUCGUUCACCUGACCAAUGAAUCGCUGGCCGGAUUUAUGCCAACCUUGGGGAAGAGCCCGGUUCGAGACCGGGAGGAUUUUCAGUGUGUUCACGUGAAGGCGACAUCGCUGACAGACAUGACGUUCCUAUUCGUGCGAGGUUGUGUCUUCGGUACCAAAUCGAUCGAAUUUUGUGCUUUGCGGUAUGCCAGUUUUUGCGGAAUUCGGGAAUGUUUGGCGUGUGAUCACGAGAAUCGUUGCAACGAAGUCGUCUUCAGCAGCGCUGCUGGGAGGAGUAUACCAAAUAGUGCGAUUGCUAUGAUUGUGUCGAUAGCGGCGGCGACGGCGGCGAGUGCUGUAAUCUGUGCCGUUCAUCAUCAGUACCAUCUUCGAUGAAUAAUGUUAAUAAUUUAUCGUGCUUUCAAUGACGUUCUUCGAUUCGAUCGAACCGCGCCUAGUCUCCUGCAGUGUUAGUGUGGAAAAUUUUGCAAGCUCUGGUAGAUGUAUUGCGAUGUCGUUACGUUAGCGCAGAUCAGGAUAAUAAAAUGUAAUUAACCUUUACCACAUGAGCCGUUUAAUAAUCAGUGAAUGGCCUUUUGAUACCUACGUAGUGUUGAGAUAAAAAUUUUCCA